AGCUUUGGCCAACUUGCGCUGACUAAGGAGUCCAAGGCGCUCAUCGGCCUUUACCACGGGCAGGUGCGCUGCAAGAAGAACAAGUUCGGAACCCCUCAGCGAGAGGUGAAGACCCUGGCGGUGCUGGGAGCGGGGCUCAUGGGAGCUGGGAUCGCCCAGGUUUCGGUGGAUAAGGGACUGAAGACCAUUCUGAAGGACACGGCCCAGCAAGGCUUGGACAGAGGGCAGCAGCAGAUCUUCAAGGGGCUGGACGGCAAGGUGAAGAAGAAGAGCCUGACCUCGUUUGAGAGGGACUCCAUUCUCAGCAACCUGACAAGCCAGCUGGACUACAAGGGCUUUGAGAAGGCGGACAUGGUGAUCGAGGCUGUGUUUGAGGACAUUAACAUCAAGCACAAAGUGCUGAAGGACGUGGAGGCCGUGAUCCCUGCUCACUGCAUCUUCGCCAGUAACACGUCUGCCCUCCCCAUCAGCCAGAUCGCUGCUGUUAGCAAGAGGCCAGAGAAGGUGAUCGGGAUGCACUACUUCUCCCCCGUCGACAGGAUGCAGCUGCUGGAAAUCAUCACCACAGACAAAACGUCCCAGGACACGGCUGCGUCUGCCGACGGGCCGGGCUUCUACACCACCAGGUGCCUGGGGCCGAUGCUGGCAGAAGUGGUCCGAGUCCUCCAGGAGGGUGUUGAGCCAAAGAAAAUAGAUGCCAUCUCUACGGCCUUCGGCUUUCCCGUGGGUGCUGCCACGCUGAUCGACGAGGUGGGCGUGGAUGUGGCCACGCACGUGGCCGAGGACCUCGGCAAGGCCUUUGGCGAGCGCUUUGGAGGAGGCAGCAUCGAGGUGUUCAAGCUCAUGGUGGAAAAAGGCUUCUUAGGUCGCAAGGCAGGGAAAGGCUUUUACAUUUACCAGGAGGGGGUGAAGAACAGGAACGUGAAUUCCGGCAUGGAUGAGAUCUUGGCGCGGUUCAAAGUGCCGGCCAGGCCUGAAGUCUGCACGGACGAGGACAUCCAGAUGCGCUUGGUGACGAGGUUUGUGAACGAGGCAGCCAUGUGCCUGCAGGAGGGGAUCCUCAGCAACCCCGUGGAGGGGGAUAUCGGUGCUGUGUUCGGCUUGGGCUUCCCGCCGUGCCUGGGAG